UAAACAGCUUGAGGAUUAGUGAAAAUAUCCUCCAUCAGCAUUUAAAAGCUCUGACUGAGAGACUUGAUCAUUAGACAGUUUUCACAGCCCUGCCAAGCUUCACUAUGGAAGAGGAGCACAGAGAAUAUAAAUACAGACAGGCAUGGGAUGAAUGCAGAGAACUUCCAGAUAUUCAAGAUGAACAAAAGCAAAAACCCAAGAAACGAUACAGGUUUAUGAAAUGGUACUGUUGUUGUGUGGUUGCCAUCCUUGUGUUUGCUCUUUCAUUAGUGAGUAAGUCAUCGUUUCUUAUUUUGGUAACACUUGGAAACAAUGUGAGUAUGAGUGUGCCUGAAGGGCAAAAAGUGAGUGCUCUCCUGAGUAUCGGCUGUAUGCUGGUUGGACCAAAUAUUUUGCUUCUGCUCAAGAGUCUAUGGAAAUUUUUUUUCAAAAGUGCAAUUAAACCAACUAAACAGAAAACAGUCAUGUGGGUGAUCUUUGUUGAGUUUUUGGUGUCAUUUGGAGAAGCGAUUUUGACAGUGAUGGCCAUGCCAUAUUUUGACAUUGUCACUAAUGUGAUGAUCUUGAACAGUGUGAGCAUCCUGUCAGCAGUCUUCCAGGUGGUCGAUCAAAUUCGUGCCAGAUGUAAAAUAGAAAAUGAUUCAUUCCAACCAAUUUCCUGCAAAGAAUGUGGAAAGUGGCUCAGACCAAUUGCUUCCAUCAUCUUCAUUGUUCUGGGCUAUGUCCUCUUCAUAAUAAACUACUUAGUAAUAGAAGAAAACUCUUCUAUUGAAGUUAAAACAGCUGUGUGUCUGGCCAUUGUAGGAACAGUUUUUGUUUCAUUGAACUGGUGGGAGAACUACAGCAGUCUGUUCCCAUUUUUGGAAGACAUUUCCAAAGACAUAGCCAGUUCCCAGAAUGUGGUUUGCAUUCUGUCCAGUGUGGUGAAAGUCCUGGUCACUGCAGCUGUUGUUGUAUAUAAAGUUCCUCUGUCCAAUUGGAGCUCCCUAAGCUUGAUCCCUACAAGUGUGAUCAGGACAGUUUUUGGUUUGAUGGCAGUCCAGAUUGUUUCUUCUGCAAUGUGUCGCUGGUUUGUAGUGGUGGCUUGCAAGAUGCAUUCCCUGCGUCGUUGUUUUGUUGUGCCCAUAUACUUGUCCUCUGUGGCUGUCAUGCUACUGUUUAUUGGUCUGUUUGCCUCUAACUUUCAGUGCCCUAAUUCAAAUAGUAAUCAUUCUACAAGUGAGCCCUUUCAUAACCAGACCAACAGUAUUAUUCCACUCUGUUCAUUGAUUACCGACAUCAGACACACACUUUCCACACGCCAUAUUGUGUCAGAAAAGAAUGUUGGAGGAUUGGUGGUUCUUGCCCUGUGUGCCCUUAGCUGGUGGCUGGGAUUCAUGCUAAGCACUGGUUACAUCUGGUCUCUGAAGAUCCAGCGCAUCGAGAGAACUCAUGAUCUGUUUGUGAAGCAGAUGUAUGAGGGAGCAUUUCUAGAACAGUCCAUGUUGCUUAACACACGUUUUGUGGCCAGGGAGAAAAAUACGGGUGAAAGGUCAAAAUGCCCGGUAACAAUCUAUUUGUGUGCAACUAUGUGGCAUGAGACGUAUGAUGAAAUGAUUAAAAUUCUCAUCUCAAUGUUCAGGCUCGACAAAUUCCGUCCAAAAAUAAAUAACUACAAAGAUGCUUUCUUCGAGUUCCAUAUUUACUUUGACGAUGCUUUUAAGGAUGUGCAGAAUGGCAACAUGCGACAUGUAAACGAAUAUGCUGAGACCCUAGUGGAAGUAGUCAAAGAGGUUUACACAAUUUUUAGUGAGGAUGACCCAUGUAUAUUCAAGAAGAAGCCCUGCCUCCCUCAGCAGAAGAUCAUCAGCACACCAUAUGGAGGUCGUCUGGAGUACACACUUCCUAAAGGCAACAUAAUGAUGGUUCACCUCAAGGACAAACAGCUGAUUCGACACAAAAAGAGAUGGUCCCAGAUCAUGUACUUAUACUACCUACUUGGCUGGAGACUCAAUGGCAAGUACCUGAAGAUGUUUGAGAAGGGUGGAGAUGUAGAUGAACUGAGGGAACAUUUAAAGAAAGAGAAAGAGAACACAUACAUCUUGGCUCUGGAUGGAGACACAGAUUUCCAGCCCUCUUCUGUGAUGUUACUGAUUGACAGGCUUAAACUCUACCCAGAGGUGGGAGCUGCAUGUGGCCGGAUUCACCCCACUGGCACGGGGCCCAUGGUGUGGUAUCAGAAAUUUGAGUAUGCAGUGGGCCACUGGCUGCAGAAGACAGCAGAGCAUGUGUUUGGCUGUGUGCUCUGUAGCCCUGGUUGCUUUAGUCUCUUCAGAGGUGCUGCCCUCAUGGACAAUAACGUCAUGAAGAGAUACACCACCAAACCAACAGAAGCCAUUCACCAUGUACAGUAUGACCAAGGAGAGGACCGCUGGCUCUGCACUCUCUUAGUACAGCAGGGUUGGCGGGUGGAGUAUAAUGCUGCGUCAGACGCCUACACUAACGCACCACAGGACUUCAAAGAGUUCUUCAACCAACGGCGGCGCUGGGGGCCCUCCACCAUGGCCAACACCAUCGAUCUGCUUGGCUCUGGGGGCUUGACCGCUCAGAGGAACAGCUCUAUCUCUAAACCUUACAUCGUUUAUCAGGUCAUCAGCAUGGGUGCAUCCAUUCUGGGCCCUGCCAGCAUCUGCCUGAUGAUAGCAGGAAGCUUUAAUUUCAUAGUAAAUAUGGAUCCAAAGGUUGCUCUCAUUGCAGCCACGGUGCCUCCAACAAUCUACCUGGCACUGUGCUUCAAGCUGAAAGCUGACACCCAAAUCCAGAUAGCAGCAGUCAUGAGUGUUUUGUAUGCGUUCCUCAUGACUGGAACUAUUCUCUCAAUCAUAGGAGACAUAGUGAAAAAUGAGACAUUUAUGACCCCCAGUGGCCUGUUUCUGAUUAGCAUGACUCUACUGUACAUCAUCACAGCAGCUCUUCACCCUCAGGAGCUUUCUCUGCUCAUCUAUGGGGUUCUCUAUUUCCUCUGUAUACCCAGUGGCUAUCUCCUGCUUUCUAUUUACUCUAUCGUGAAUAUGAACAAUGUCUCAUGGGGGACACGAGAGACUGGGGGCAAAGUGGAAACUGUAGCAGUGAGCGCCAUAAAGAGGAAGGUCAAACAGGCAGCAUGCUGUAAAUGCCCCUGCUGGAAUACCAUUGACGAUACAACUGAAAAUGAGCCACUGCUGAGCUCUGUAGUGUCAGAGGAGCAAGAUCUUAAGAUCCACACGGAUUCUGAAAAAAGAUCACAUGAAUGCCUCACAUUACAAAUUCCUAAAAGCUGGAUUGAAGACCUGCAAGAAAAAUUUCAUGACUUCCCACUACACCAGGCCACACUCUCAGAGGAUGAAACUAUGUUCUGGAAAGAACUGCAGAAACUAUAUUUGGAACCUCUUAAAGAGAACAAAGAGCAACAGGAAAAAGUCGCAGAAGAGCUCAAAGACCUUAGAAACAAGGUGACAUUUGUCUUCUUCAUCUGCAAUGCUCUUUGGUUGAUGGCCACCUUGUUUCUCCAAGCCAUCGGCCAGCCUGUCUCACUGCCUAUUCCAAAAAUGUAUCCAAAUGGAACUACUUCUUGGAAUGAAACAUUUUCUGUUGAUCCGAUAUCACUAAUGUUUCUCCUGAGCUUUGCAUUGCUCCUUAUUAUACAGUUUCUUGCAAUGCUUUACCACAGAAUCUACACAUUAAUUCAUUUUGUGUCCUAUUUUGACACUGAGAUAAAGUCUUACUAUCGAAAAAAGGUUCCUGCAGCUUUGGAAACCGGUGCUCAGUCUUUGCCAGGGAAGGAGAUGUCUAUUAUUACUGAAGCUGACACAAGCAACUAAGAUCUCAAGACAGAACUCACCACAACUGAAGGACCUUCUUGCCCUGGAUCACUGUAAAUAUUUAUUUUGCCACUGAAAAAACAUUUUUAAAGUAUGAAAUGAAACGCAUGCUUAAAUCCAUGUUUAUGAUAAGCAGCUGCUGUCUUAUGCUUUAUCCUUUAAAUAACUCAGGACAUAAAGUUUAUUUCAUUUAAAUGAUGGCACACAAACCUUAUUGGUCAGCCUAAAAUACAAAAACUAUGUCCUACUUGCACAAACCGAUACAAGAUGUUUAUCAAUAUAGAAAA